CAAAAUCCUAGCUAUGGGUGGACUGACAACUCAUGGGGACCCCGGGCAAUAGGAGAUUAUGGGGCCCCUGUGUCCUUGUCCAAACUCAAAAAAGCCUAUGAAAAAGGUACCAGGGGCAUCUCAUGGGGCCCCUUACUGACCCCGGGCCCUCGGGGGCAGUGCCCGAGUUUCCAAAUGGUCAGUCCGCCCCUGCUUCCUUAUGAUGUCCAAAGCAGGGGUGGACUGACCAUUUGGAAACUCGGGCACUGCCCGAGGGCC